AUGGAAAAUUCUCCUGUCUGGUUCAUCACCGGCGCAUCUUCCGGGUUUGGGAGCGCCCUUGCACAAGCGGCUCUGAAGGCUGGCAAUAGAGUCAUUGCAACUGCGAGGAACAUAGAGAAGUCGAAACGGGAGAUCCCACAGAUCGAAGAGCUUGGGGGCAAAUGGCUACAGCUGGAUGUCACUGCGUCCGACGUGCGCGAAAAGGUCCAGCGGAUUGUGCAGGAGUACGGCAAGAUUGACGUUGUGAUCAACAGCGCAGGUUAUGCUUUAUUCGGGGCCUUGGACGAUGUGAGCGAAUCCGAGAUCCACCAGCGGUUCAAUACCAAUGUCUACGGCCCAAUCCGCGUCAUGCAAGCAGCCAUCCCGUCGAUGAGAGAGCAAAAGUCAGGGACUACCGUGAAUAUUAGCAGCGUAGCCGGGCUUGAUGCGCAGACGGCCUGCUCGAUGUAUGCGGGGAGCAAAUUUGCCCUUGAAGGCAUCUCGGAAUCCCUCGCUCGCGAUCAUGGAAUGCUUUCUCAAGUAGGCACUUGGUGUUGGGGCCACCUCUGCUGA